CUCAGCUUUGUUGUGCUGGCCCUCUCCAUGCCCAGUGCAAAGUAGAAUGGUACUUUGCAAUACCAUGUCAAGUAGUUUAUGAAUCCCUGGUCUCACAGAUUAAGAUGUGGGGAACCAUGGCUGGCUGCACCAUGGGAGGACAGAGGUGCCUAUAUAAGCUACAGUCUGCCUCUGCCCACUUUAUAGCAGCCAAACACACAACUCCCUUUAAGAGGUAUGUGGACAACAUCAACUUCCGGCUGGCAUCCUAUCACUUCUUCAGCUGUUGUCAUAUUUCGGCUAUGUCAAUCUCUGAGUCCUGGUAUGCCAUCAAAGACCAUGGCACCAACUACUGCAACCUCUACAACCUCAUCGAAGGAAGUGGUCUAACUGAAGCCAGAGGUUAUAAAGAAGUCACCAGUGACUUCCUGUGCACCCAACGUUCCUCUGCUAACUGCACAAUCUACUGACCUGUCUACUGAAUUAAUAGCAUGAU